GAACAAAACAUUUUGCACCGGCUCCUCUUUGUCCACCCACCUUACCGCUGAAGCAACAUCAUCUACGGCAGCACCAUGGCGAAUGUUGACGAUACCAAACUGUAUGACAUCCUCGGAGUCUCCACAUCCGCAACUGAAAAUGAGCUGAAAAAGGCAUACCGAAAACUGGCAAAAGAAUACCACCCUGACAAGAACCCAAAUGCUGGCGACAAGUUUAAAGAAAUCAGCUUCGCCUAUGAGGUGUUGUCCAACCCUGAGAAGAGGGAACUUUAUGAUCGCUAUGGGGAAAAAGGCUUGCGUGAAGGUGGUGGGGGUGGCCCAGGGAUGGAUGAUAUCUUCUCCCACAUCUUUGGUGGUGGGCUCUUUGGCUUUUCUGGUGGGAGUCGUGCCAGAAAUGGAGGUCGCAGGAGAGGAGAGGACAUGGUCCAUCCACUCAAGGUGUCACUGGAGGACUUUUACAAUGGAAAAACAACUAAACUACAACUUAGCAAGAAUGUUCUGUGUAGUACUUGUAAUGGCCAAGGAGGGAAGACGGGUGCUGUACAAAAAUGUACAACGUGUAGGGGGCGUGGUAUGCGCAUCAUGAUCAGACAGCUGGCGCCAGGGAUGGUCCAGCAGAUGCAGUCUGUCUGUACUGAUUGUAAUGGCGAAGGUGAAGUUAUCAGUGAGAAGGACCGCUGUAAAAAAUGUGAGGGAAAGAAGGUCAUCAAGGAAGUGAAGAUUCUAGAGGUACAUGUGGACAAAGGAAUGAAGCACAACCAGAAAAUUACCUUUGGAGGGGAAGCUGACCAGGCACCUGGGGUCGAGCCUGGGGAUAUAGUUCUGGUCUUGCAGGAAAAGGAAAAUGAGACAUUCCGACGAGAUGGCAAUGACCUACAUAUUACUCAUAAGAUUGGCCUGGUGGAGGCACUGUGUGGCUUCCAGUUCAUGCUGAAACACUUAGACGGCAGACAGAUUGUUGUGAAGUACCCUGCUGGAAAAGUAAUUGAACCAGGCUCUGUGAGGGUGGUGCGAGGAGAGGGCAUGCCACAGUACCGCAACCCUUUUGAGAAAGGAGAUCUGUUUAUCAAGUUUGAUGUCCAGUUCCCAGACAACAACUGGAUCAGCCCUGAGAAACUGGCGGAGCUGGAGGACAUGUUGCCCUCGCGGUCAGAGCAACCCAUCAUCACCGCGGACAUGGAGGAGGUCGACCUGCAGGAUUAUGACGUCAGCCAGAGUUCAACAUCAGGAAACCGCAGAGAGGCCUACAAUGACAGCUCUGACGAAGAGGGCGGACACCAUGGGCCGGGGGUACAGUGUGCCCACCAGUAAUCUCAUACUAUCUCUCUCUCUUGCUCUCAUACAGACAUGCGCACACAGACACACACAUCCACAGACAUGCACAAACAUGACCCAUAUUAUACUUGGAGAAAAUGUAUGAGUUGCAGAGUAAACAAGAAGGUAGUUUGGACUGGAAAGGCUUGGUAGGUUGUUGGGCACCGAUCGGAUAAUUGCAUUCAAACAUGGCACCGGGAUUAUUGUUGUUGACUAUGUUUUGAUAAUUUUGAUCUUUGUGUGGGGGAACUCGCACUGGUUCAGCCAAAAACAUUGGCACCUCAAAUAGAUAUUGAGAGGUUUAACAGCAGCUUCACAAAUGCAUCAGGCAAAACAAAUGGUUGCCCCAGUGACCACUGCCAGGUGUGACUAUGAUCUGGUGUUAAAUGCUACUCUUUCACCUCACCACCCUUUUAUUCCUCUUUCACCUCUCUUAAAUCCAUUCCCCUGUGCUAAUGCAAACUCCAGAUGGGUCAAAGAAUGUUCUUGUUUUCUGAGUGUGUGACUUGCAUUUUGUUUUCAUAGUAUUUACAAUAAUUAAUUUAAAAUAUAACUAAUGUGUAUACACAGACAAAGCAGCCGAGCAAUGUGACAUGCUGAUCCGUGAGAUCGUUUAUUCAUGGACUUCAUAGGAUUUGUUUCUGAUCUUUAAAGCUUUAUUUUCCUUUGUAGGUUUUUACUUGUUUUUCCUCUUUCUUAAAAUUUUAAUUCAAACUGAUGUUUGGUUAUUGUGUAUAUCUUUGAACCGGUUGUUGGUAAGCUUCUUAAGCUGCUAUAAUGAAAGCUGUGUGAUUUUUAAAAUAAAAAUCACGUGAAAUGACAAAAACAUGUAGCCUGUGUCUGUGCUGAAACCAUGUGCAUGUAAAAAGCUUUGGUUCUUGCACUUCUCAAACAUCUGUCAAUUAAAGCGGCACACUUCUGAAGAAAAUGUCUAUGAAGUUGUUGAAUAAAUUGUUCAAAUAUA